AUGUUGACUGAGGCCGGAUUGAACCUUUUGCAGAAUGUAGUUGACAGGAAAAUAAGGAAGAGGGCAACCCGUUAUCUCAACUCGAGCUGUUGUAGUAUCUGUUCCGUGUCGGGCUUUCAUCUCUGCUGCUUGGACAGCUCAACUCGAGCUGUUGUAGUAUCUGUUCCGUGUCGGGCUAUCAUCUCUGCUGCUUGUAUCUGGGACAGUCAUCUCGAGCUGUUGGGCGUUUUAUCUCUGCUGCUUGGACAGCUCACCUCGAGUUGUUGUAGUAUCUGUUGUGUAGUAUCUGUUCCGUGUCGUUGGGCUUUUCGGGCUUAUCUCUGCUGCUUGGACAGCUCGCCUCGAGCUGUUGUAGUAUCUGUUCCGUGUCGGGCUUUUUAUCUGUUCGAAUCUGUUCCGUGUCUCCUCGGGCUUUCAUCUCUCUCUGCUUGGACAGCUCACCUCGUAUCUGUUGAAUCGGGCUUUUAUCUGUUCGAGCGUAUCUGUUCGUGUCGGGCUUUUAUCUCUGCUGCUUGGACAGCUCGCCUCGAGCUGUUUAUCUGUUCCGAGUCGGGCUUUCAUCUCUGCUGCUUGGACAGCUCGCCUCGAGCUGUUGUAGUAUCUGUUCCGUGUCGGGCUUUCAUCUCUGCUGCUUGGACAGCUCACCUCGAGCUGUUGACAGUAUCUGUUCCGUGUCGGGCUUUCAUCUCUGUUGCUUGGACAGCUCACCUCGAGCUGUUUAUCUGUUCCGUGUCGGGCUUUCAUCUCUGCUGCUUGGACAGCUCAACUCGAGCUGUUGUAGUAUCUGUUCCGAAUCGGGCUUUCAUCUCUGCUGCUUGGACAGUUCACCUCGAGCUGUUCCGUGACCUCCUCUCCCUGACAAAAUCCUCAGAUCUACUAACUGAUCAGGCAAAAAUGAAAGAAUCAAUCUAUCUAUCUAUCUAUCUAUCUAUCUAUCUAUCUAUCUAUCUAAACAGACUGAUAAAGACAGACAUGAAGGGAUUGAGAUAG